ACCAUCACGGACUCGACGGCACUGUACUUGAUCGGUGCCGUGGGUCCAACGAUUGUGCAGAAUUUGGUCAACGGCGCAACACUGCAGGCAUUCUCAGCAACGAUCAACAUGUUUACUGAUACUUCUUUCGAAGCCGGUCUCGUCGGCACGCUUCGCGACACUGGUCCUUUCGAUGCGGCAAUCUCGUUCCCCGAUCAACUGAUCAUCGACUGGAAUGGCCUGACGAUCGCAGAGAUCGCGCUACCAGAUCUUUGCGCAGCAGCUUACACGUCGAUCCCAAGCUUGAUAACUAGCGGUCUGGUCACCAUCACGAAUGAGGGCAACUUUGAUCAAUUUGCUACUUAUCUGCUGCAUAACCCGAGCUUCCAGUGGGUGCUGCACACGCCUGACCUCCGCGUCACUGCGCUUGGCACAAUCUUCUCUGGCGUCAGCUUNAGCCAGACUAUCACACUCGCAGCCUUUGACAAUUUCAGCGAUGUCGUGGUCUCCAAUCUUGAUGUGUUCCAUGGCUUCCCAUCAUACCUGCAGAUCAAUCUCGAUGCAACUCUCAACAACCCUUCGAAUCUCACGAUCGAUACUCAGCAGGUCAUUUUCAACCUUAUUUUCGAGAAUCAGGUGCUCGGAACUGCAAUCAUACCUGAUCUUGCCCUCUCGCCUGGCUCGAAUACGCUGCCAACGGAAGUACACUUUAUGCCAUCAGGAGAUGGCGCCGUCGCUGCCGGCAAUACGCUGCUCGAAAACUUCAUUCAAGCCGUGCCGACGAGCGCACAGAUCCAGGGCACGCUUGACUCGACUCCCUACACGCCGCUCAAGGUUGCGCUCUCAACGCUGACGCUGAACACAGUCAUUCCUCCGCUCAUGCAGAACUUGAUCACUCAAGCCAAUCUCGUCUUUCCGUUGGACAUCGU